AUGCUUUACUCUACACUGACCAUACUUGCCUGUCUUCAAGCUGUGCUUGGACAGAAAGUCCUGUUUAAGUGGACCAUGGAUCUCAGCUUCUACUAUGAUAAUUCAGCAACCCCGGGCGCACCUGACACUUGUCUUGCCAUCACCACCGGCGUGGAGAAGAUGUACGCUGAGGCGGCUAUCAAUUAUGGCGCAUGCGGAGGACGGACGUAUAGAGGCCGCGGCGACAACCGGAUGGUCGCCAUCGGUGCGGUGUACGCAAAGACGUACUGUGGCAAGCACAUACGCAUUACGAGUCCCGAGGGCAAACCGGUCCAGAUCGACGGCAAGGACUUUUACAUCAAAGACGUGUGCCCCGGCUGCGGAUCCCUCAUCAAGCAGUUAUUUCCCGAGUGCGGACAGCGAACCUCUCUGGGCGGCUUGGUCAAGCCUUGGGGCUACACGGUGGAACUGCUCGACUCUGACGAGCCUGGAGCGGGACUGAACACCUUGACGAUUCCGGAUGGUACUCCUGUCACUCCAGCUGAGCUGGCGGGCAAUUUACCGGGAAAUCUGCCGGGAGUAGGUGGUGGAGCACCAGCCCCGGUAGUGCCAGUAACUCCCCCUCCCGCAGCUGUAGGAGGAUGUGUUUGUCGGAAGAAAGGCGACGAGGGCUGCCUGAACGGAUCGCGACUACUCUGCAAUGAGAUCGACGGUGUGGACCAGACCAAAGUUGCUUGGGCGCCUGUGGGUGGCCAAUGUCAAGUCACUUGCGCGAGAAAGAGAGGCGCUCGUUUGCUUACGGAGUGA